GAGAUAAAUGGGAAGUAUGAAAAUAGUAGACAAUCUUGUAAUUGCAGACAUACUGAGCACGAAACUUUGAGCUGCAGAGAAAAGGCACCAGUCACGGAAAAGGCUAAAAAGCAAUGUAAGCAGAUUUUUAUGACUUCAACCCAACAGUUAAAACAACAAACACAUUUGGUUCCUGGUCAGAAAGCAAAAGACAAAUUUUCAAAAAAUGAGGUAGACAGAUCUGAAGUGGGAAAAGAUUGCAAGAAAAGUAUCUUUCACAGAAAGAGGAGUUCCAGUAAUGAGAGCAUAGCUAAUCAAUUCCAUAAUCAUACGUCUCAAAGAAAGGACUCCGAUAAUAUUAUUUAUACUUGUGUAAGUGAUAUAAAGCCAAAGUAUCAGCACCUUCGGAGAACAAAAUCCCAGAGUGGUACAUCUCAUCCAAAUAGUGAAACUUUCCAAAAUUAUAAAACACCUGAAAUGGUAGAAGAGAAAAAACUACAUAAAGAACAUACUCAUCAUUCAAAUUUUCAAGUAGAACUAACAUCAAAACAAAGAAUGUGUACAAUAUCAGAAAAGAUAGUUAAAAUGUCAGAGCCCCAAGACAAUACAACUGGAAAAAUGGUGGGAGAUAAUUUGCAUAUGCAGAACCUGACAAGCAGAGGCCAAUACAAGAAACAAAAUAGGAAAGAGAAAACACAGUCGCAAAGCAGGGUUGAAAUUGGUGGUGAUAAAAACACCAUUAAAUCAAAAAGUAAAGCAAUUCAAGUAAAGCACAGAGAAAUACCUUUCAAACCAAUGACGGUAGUUGAACCUGAAGAGAACGACUACAAACAGUAUGUGCACUUAAGAAAUGGAAUACAUAACUGCCAUUAUAUAUGCAGGAACAAUGACUUAGAUAAGUCUAACAGUGUUGAAAAUAGAAAAAACUUGGAAAAAAUAAAACUGUUAAAAAUUACAGAUCAAGAAUGUAUUAGGAGUAAAACAGUUAAAAUGCUGUCAAACAGCAUCAUAGAAACUAAUUGCAAUGAAACUCUAGGAAAUACGUACUGUUUAAAAAGCAAUCAUCAUUCAGAAAAAUGUAAAAUCAACCAAGGGGAACAUGAAGAAUGUGAACAACUUAAGGAAGAGAUACAAAACCAGAAUACAAAAACACAGGAAAUAAUGGAAACUGAUAUCAACCAAGGGGAGUGUGAAGGAUGUGAACAACUUAAGGAAAAGACACAAAACCAGAAUUCACAAAUACAGAAAAUAAGAGAAAGUGACCCUAGUAAACUUACAUGUAUGGAAACACAAGUAAAGGGUGAAAAGAAAAUGGUGGAAUUAAAGGGAGUAUGCAAUGGACUUUUCUUAAAGACACUGAAUGAUGAUGAUGAAGAUGAUCCUGAUGAUACAUUCUGUCUGCCAAGAGCAACAUCAAUUGAAAGUGAGGUGAUGGACGUCUGUGAUAAAUUACAGGAAGACAAAAUUACUUGUCAAAUUAAUGAGAUGUGUGUUUCCUUGGAACGUCCAAGAAAGCCAGAAAUCAACAUAUGCAGUGAGAAGGUAGAGGGCGGUUUGAAAUCAGAGGAAAAUGGCAAAUCUUUGCAUGUGAUUUUGGAAAGGGAGAAAAAGCUUUACUCCCUCAUACAUUGGAGAAUAAUGACAGAGAAAGUGUAGAAUCCACUACUACCUUUGGGAAACAGUUUGAGAUUGAUAGUAAGUUUGAUAACAGAUGGAAGGGAAAAACUUCAGUUGGCUUAUAUGAAGGUUCUUCAAAAAUAUAUGAAAAGAAAUGUUUGAAAAAUAAGACUGUAAACGAAAUCGGUAAUAAAGAACGUGUCACAGAAGGACAAAAAUUGGAAGAUACACAGAAUCAGGAAGUAGUGAAAUCAGGAGUUGAUGAUGUAAAUCAUGGAGGUAAAAACAACUCUAGUCCUGUUAGUGAAACUGUAGAAAAGCUGGAGGCUCCAGAAGACAUUUAUUUACAGGAAAUGAAAAUACUGAGUUCUGAGAAUGAGGAAAAAUCAGAGGUUGCUCAACACAUUGAUUUCUAUGAUGGAAUGAUAGAAGGUCUCAGGAACCUUUUGCUCACUCAGAGAAAAUUGACCACUUGAAACUUGUUAAAGCUACUCUCAAAACUGAAGGGUCCAAAUCAGAUGUACAGAAUGCAGCAUUUGAAAAAGAAAUUAACCAGAAAAUACGAGAAAUGAUAAUGAGUUUUCUGAAAGAGCCUACCAACAAAGAGACUCACAUUAAUGAAUUAGACUGGCUAGCAGAAGCUAGUAUUAUGGAUUUAUUUUGUGGACCUGAAAAAACCAUCUGUUUGUUUAAGGAUAAAUUUUGGCAGAAUAUUAAUAACCUUAAGGAGCUAGUCAUUGCUGAAGAAAAUACCCAAGAUAUUCCAAAAUACCUGAAGAAGAAAAAUGACUUACUCUCAGAAAUAAGGAAAGUAAUGUUAUCAUUAAAGUUACUAAAACUAACCACAGUAUCUCAUCCUUCAAGUGUUCAGUAUGAUGAAAACAUCAUCAAUAAUGAUAAAUUUGUAGUUGCUAACAAGUGUUUUAGUGAUGAGUCUAAUUUUGGAGUUUCUGAGGCCAUUAGUGUUUCAAAACAAACAGAAUACUUAUCUGAUACUGUUGUUAUGAGCUGUCAGUCUUCCUACAGUGGAUGUCAGCAAACUUUACGUAGAAGAGAAACAUUGGAGUCAGCGGACUUUUCACCUCAACUUCAGAAUGACUCUGAAACUUUAGUUGAUCUUUAUAACUCCAUUUUUAACUCUACAAGUAUGAGAUCACCUGUACAUCAGACAGCCUAUUCAAGCUGUGAACAAAUGCCACAUAUUUCUACCAUGGCAGAAAAUAGUCCAAGAAGAGUAACACCUGUAAGCAAUCCUCCUGAUGCGGGAGGAUACAAACAAUUUGGUGCCUGUGUAGAUGGUGACAGAGCUCAUAACUCAAGAAAUAGACAAACCAUAUCAACACCACAAACAGAUCUUACAAUGACUCAGGCAGCUACAGAGCCUUUUCACAAAGUAAUGACAUUUCCUGUAAAUGUGUACCAGAAACGGCAGCAUCAAAAUAUAGGUGUUUCUGAUUUCAUCCAAGAUGGGAUUACACAACAGCAGCAACAAGACAUAGGAAUAUCAAAUCAAAAACAACAGUUCAUGCUGAUGAGAAAUAUGAAUGCUCAAGAGGAAAGGCUACUACAAGAUGCAGAAACUUCUAAUGUAGUACAAUCAAACUUUAAUAAAGAAUAUACUAUGCAUCUGAGCAUCAUACAAGUUCGAGUGAAAGAUGUCAUAGCGAAGAUGCUAUAAUAUUGCAACAUUACCAAGACAUGUUAAGUCCAAGAGCUAUAGAACAAUUAAGAACAAGCAAAAGUCUUUCCAGUGAACAACCUCUAAUGAUUUAUACCGAACAGCAACAUACAGACAUCAUACAAGAAGUUAAUCCAUGUGUAGCUCAGUCAAAUGAUAAUCUGGUAUAUAAUCAAGAACAGCAACAUCAUAUGUUUACAAAUGAUGUCACACAACACGUUGAAUCUAGUGAAUCAUGGUGUGAUCACUCAUCUAGACUAGUGUCCAAUCAUGGAAUGUUUCUUCAUAAUAUCCCAAAAUAUAUUGGAUCUAGUGAAGCAUGGUACGAUCACUCAUCUAGUCUGAUAUCCACUCAAGAAUAUGAAAAUAAUACAUUUGUUCAUGACAUCAAACAAGAAUUUAGACCUAGUAAAUCAUGUUAUGGCCAACCAUCUCAGCUGAUACCUGAUAAAGAACAACACAAACAAAUAGGUUCUUCUGACAGUUUUAAAGAACUUAGGUUGAGGAAGACAUGUUACAAUCACGCUAAUGAACUGUCGUCUGUUCAGAACCAACAUGCGGAAAGAGCAAUGAAUCCAAACAUUUCAUGCCAUGACAAAUACAAUGGAUUUUUUUCUGGUCAAGAGUCUUUGAUGUCUAGAAUACCACAGAAAGAAGAUCAUUUAAGCACAUCAGUAAAAGCACAAGAGUGGAGACUUACAGGAAAUUCUUCUAGUCGGUUGCCAAAUGAAGCUCUUCCUUCAAGAGUGCUGAAGAAUCCAGUCACAGUUGUUAGAAAUAAUGAAACAAUCCCUAGGCUUGUUUGGAAACAAGCCAGUGAUAGAAUACCUCCAAACCGACCUACAUGGCCACAACUUAACCAGACAUUUGACAAAAGUGUUUACAAAAGGUACUUAAAUAGGUUAGGAAAUUAUGGUUCUGAAUUUAUAUCUGUUAGCAGUAUUGCUGCAGUGGGCCCAGCUACCUCAUCCUUUUUUGAAAAUCGUUUGAGAAACGAACAAUUUAAUUCUACUUUAAAUGCAUCGUUUAUCUCACCUAUUGAUCAGAAUAUGGAAGGUUAACCAGAGUUUGUUUUACCUCAUGUUCCACACCUGGAAAGUCCACAAAAACCAGUUUUAUAAUUUUAGACAAGGUCAAUUAAAUGGCUUCUACAUACAGAGCACUUGUUGGCCAUGGAAUGAGUUUGUAAGCCAGCAAAUUCAAAGUUUAAGACCUGAGAAUUGUUUGUCUCAUUUGAGAAUAUGAAAGAAUGUAACAGAAUGAGACACAUGUAAAUAUUUGUCCUUUCACGAACAUCAACAGAAGUUUUCAAUUACGAAUCAAUCAGAAUGAUCGUCCAAAGUGUAAGCUAUCAUGAAAAUGAGCUCAUCAUAAACGCACAAGGUGGUACAAGGCUGUGGAUCAUGGAGGACAUUGUGUCCUAAGUAUUUCUUUAUGUCGUAAAUUCUUCUUUGAGUCCUCGUGCAAGCACUUCGAAGAAUGUGAAAGACUGAGUCUUCUGAAUGAAGAUUGUGAGCACUUGAUGCUCAUUAUGAGUAUACCAUUGUUAGGACUUCUUUGUAUAGGCACAAUAUAGUGAAAGUAAACUGCAAUGUUAUAUGAAGUCAACAAUGAACCUUUUGUGUAGUGUUUAAUUAAAGAAGGAUACACGUGUAGCACUAUUCUAGGGCUACACGUGAAGCAAACAAUGAAGCCAACAGAAUCUUAUUUAUAAAGAUACUAUGUUCGCACGUUAACUUUAAAAAGAAACAGUACUUAUCUUUAGCCAGACACGAGCUAACUGCAGAAUGUCUUUCAACAAAAGUGAGUAAAAAUGAUGUUUCAAAUCUCAACUUCACAGCGCCCUCUUUACGGAUAUUAUCAGAAGAUCUGCUUGUGAAUG